AUGUGUCUCUAUGCAGUUGACGACGUCAAUCACCCCAUCCAAGUGAGCUUGGAGGUGAACGAUGACCUCCGUUAUCAUGAAUACGAAACGGUAUCCUAUACAUGGGGUGGCGAGAAUGGAGAUAGUCGCCUCAAUCAACCGGUUUACAUCGGACCAUUUUGGGAUAUUCUUCUUCAGACCCAUAACUGUUGGGAGAUGCUGAGGCACAUGCGACCGUGGAAAGGUGUCCGAACCAUCUGGGUGGACGCAAUCUGCAUUGAUCAGACUGAUAUGCAAGAAAGACAAGAGCAAGUUGCCAAGAUGGGUCGGAUUUACGAGAAAGCCCGUCAACUUGUCAUCUACCUCGGACCUGACCUGGUCCCUCCGACAUCGACAUCGUCACCAUAUCCCAAAAGACACCAUCUACAAGAGCUCAACAGUCUUGCAGAGAAACCACAACUGCCGUCGGCAUCGUUGAGUUCCUCAAGACAGUGGACGUUAUCCGAUGUCCUCAGGAGACAAUAUUUCCGACGUCUUUGGAUCAUCCAAGAACUUAUCAUGUCAAGAAACAUUACCCUCCGUGUCGGCGACAUAGAGUUCAUCGUUGAUCAGGCGGUCUGCUCCCAGGUAGUUCAAGCCUGCGAUAUGCCAUGGUUUGCUUUCAUAACACGAAAGUCAAUAGGUGAUCAGUCGGGAAACAAUCUUCGGGCAGCUGUCGAAUUCGUGGAUGCUUCACGAGCCUCAGAUCCCCGCGAUAAGAUCUUCGGUAUCUUGGGCUUGAUUGAUACAGGCGAGCGUCGCAUAGUCCCGGCAUAUUCCAUCUCCUUCAGACACCUCGUCAUUGGUUACUACGCUUAUUAUCUGCUUACCAAGAGGGAUCUUCGUGUUUUAUUUCACGCAUCUGGGCGGCGGGCACCAGAAGGGAUGCCUUCUUGGGCGCCUCCCGCUCAGUAUGAUGCGUCCGGAACCAUCAACAGAGGCGUCGUCUUUUUAGAAGUGUUUCAGAGCAUCCUUGAUGCGGAAAAGAGCGGUUCAUCGGUAGAAUUUUUCAAGGUCUACUUUCAAGCGGUUCGAGAAUUCCACCCACAACUGAUUCAAUGGAAGAGCCGACGAAGGGAUACAGAUGAUGAUGAAGACAGGAUCAUAGACCUGGUGCAGUUGAGAUUCGAGCCGAAUCAAUACGAAAUACUGGAAAGCAUCCUUGAUAUGAUUCAGGGCUGA